GAGAGUGGCGCGAGCCAGCAGCUUCCGGCCGAAGAACAUGGUGGGUUUUCGGGGUUAUUUUUGUGCUUAGUGGACGCGGAGUCCACGCGUGCUGUGGGGUUUCCACGACUGCGGAUCUGCAGAGGGUUCAGCCAAAGGGGGGUGUGGCCAGGCGUCCCUCCACCUGUAGCGGAAAGGAAGAAAGAAAUGAUAGGGGUUGCUGAAGUUUGUGCUGGGAGACCCAGGGCGGGAAGCUCUCGGGACUGGGGAAGUUUUGACUCGCGGACUGGGUGGCGGGAAGAGCGCUGCUCUGUACUUUCUGGGCAACGACUCCAGAUAUGGAAGUCUUAAUGUUUUUCUGCCGGAGAUGAGGCCUAGCGAAACAAAGGAAAUAUAAAUUCCACGUGGACCCAAACUGCACACUCCCCAGUCGCUCUCAUCCCCUUCACAACAGGAGCGUUCACCCUUAUAAAACUUCAGUCCUCACACUUUAUCGGCGGCAACACAAAGUUGGGAUCUUUGGCGCCCCGCGGUCCGAGUGCAGAGUUGUUUACGAUCUUCUGCGUGAAGAUAUGCAAGGGGAGGCAAAUCCUAGUGCUUCCCUUAUUGACAGAACCAUCAAGAUGAGAAAAGAAACAGAAGCUAAGAAAGUGGUUUUAGCCUGGGGACUCCUAAAUGUAUCUGUGGCUGGAAUGAUAUAUACUGAAAUGACUGGAAAGUUGAUUAGUUCAUAUUAUAAUGUGACAUACUGGCCCCUUUGGUAUAUUGAGCUUGCCCUUGCGUCCCUCUUCAGCCUAAACGCCUUAUUUGAUUUUUGGAGGUAUUUCAAAUAUACUGUGGCACCAACAAGUCUGGUUGUUAGCCCUGGACAGCAAACACUUUUAGGGUCGAAAACAGCUGUUGUACAGACUACUCCUCCACACGAUCUGGCAGCAACCCAAAUCCCUCCCUCGCCACCUUCUCCUUCAAUUCAGGGUCAGAGUGUGUUGAGCUAUAGCCCAUCUCGUUCACCCAGUACCAGCCCCAAGUUCACUACCAGCUGUAUAACCGGAUACAGCCCUCAGCUGCAAGGUCUGUCAUCAGGUGGCAGCAGUUCCUAUAGCCCUGGAGUGACUUACUCUCCCAUCAGUGGUUAUAAUAAGUUGGCGAGCUAUAGUCCUUCUCCUUCCUCCCCCUACCCUACAACUGUCGGACCAGUGGAGGGCAGUGGGUUGAGAUCUCGCUACCGUUCUUCACCCACCGUCUAUAACUCGCCUACUGACAAAGAAGACUACAUGACAGACCUACGGACUUUGGAUACUUUUCUUAGAAGUGAAGAAGAGAAACAGCAUAGAGUUAAGCUGGGGAGUCCAGAUUCUACCUCGCCUUCCACCAGUCCUACCUUCUGGAACUACAAUCGUUCCAUGGGAGAUUAUGCACAGACUUUGAAGAAGUUUCAGUAUCAGCUUGCCUGUAGGUCUCAGGCCCCAUGUGCUAACAAAGAUGAGGCUGAUCUCAGUUCUAAACAAGCUGCAGAGGAGGUUUGGGCAAGAGUGACUAUGAAUAGACAACUUCUUGAUCAUAUGGAUUCGUGGACAGCUAAGUUCAGAAAUUGGAUCAAUGAGACAAUAUUAGUGCCACUGGUACAAGAGAUUGAGUCUGUCAGCACACAGAUGAGACGAAUGGGCUGUCCCGAGCUUCAGAUAGGAGAGGCUAGCAUUACUAGCUUGAAGCAAGCUGCUCUGGUCAAAGCUCCUCUCAUCCCGACUUUGAACACGAUUGUGCAGUAUCUAGACCUUACACCCAAUCAGGAAUACUUGUUCGAAAGGAUUAAAGAACUUUCUCAGGGAGGCUGUAUGAGUUCAUUUAGAUGGAAUAGAGGUGGAGACUUCAAAGGACGGAAGUGGGAUACAGACCUGCCCACUGACUCAGCUAUCAUCAUGCAUGUAUUUUGCACCUACCUUGACUCCAGAUUGCCUCCCCAUCCUAAGUACCCUGACGGGAAGACAUUUACUUCUCAGCACUUUGUUCAGACACCAAAUAAACCAGAUGUGACAAAUGAGAAUGUUUUUUGCAUCUAUCAGAGUGCUAUCAACCCUCCUCAUUAUGAGCUAAUCUACCAACGUCAUGUGUACAAUCUUCCAAAGGGCCGAAAUAAUAUGUUUCAUACAUUGUUAAUGUUUCUCUACAUCAUAAAAACCAAAGAGUCAGGAAUGCUUGGGAGAGUUAAUCUUGGUCUAUCCGGUGUGAAUAUUUUGUGGAUUUUUGGCGAAUAAUGUGGGUCGUUUAAUUCCAAACAUUAGGACUUUUAUUUGAUUGAACCAGGAGUUGAAUCUAAGCAUCUCUGAGUCACUGUGUCUUUUGAAAUAAGAUACAUAUGUGUGUGUUAACAGACUCUUUUAGAUUUAAGGAAAAAAUAGCUAUUAUGAAACUUAUUGUUAAAGUAUUUCCUGUGUCCUCUAUAGCGAGAGACAUUACCUUCUCUUUUUUUAUUACCUUUCAGAUUUUUCAGUUGUCUGUGAAACUGCAGACCUUCAGAUAUUUGUUGACCCAAAACAGUGCAAUUUCCCCUUAAUUAAGAAAUUUGAGUCCUUUUUCAUUGUAACCUACAAAUGAGAAUCAUCCACCUGAUUUUUCCCCACAAAAAAAUUAUUUUUUUCAAUCGCAUUAUUUGGUGUAAAUACUUAAAAAGAAACAAGGAAAUUGCUAAUUCACCUUUUUUAUCUCUUUACUUCCCUGUUGUUCUAUAGAUCAGCCCAAGGCCCACAUGUAAAGAGAUGAGAUCAACUUGUAUUAGUCCAUGUGCAUUUUUAAAUAAUAUUGAAAGAGGUGUGACAGUGUUGGCAUGUUUAGAAGUCAGCUCUCAGAUUAACUCACAGAGUUAAACUAUCUGGGUCUUAGGUUAAAAGGCUGAAGACAUUAAGAAACUCUGGCUUUCUUUUUAAUAAUUCAAUCUGACUGUGUUAUUUUAAGAGUUCUCUUUUAAGAUCAUACAAUAUCUGUUUAAAUUUUUUUACAUAUGUUCAAAAUAUCUGGAGAGUAAGAAGUGACUGAGUUUUGCUUGACUCUAUUUUCUUACGUAUCUAUGUAUAGGACCUUGAAGGCUAGCUAGCAAGUAUGUUUGUUUUCCAGAUUGACGUCCUGUUAGAGACCACUUCUGUCACCUUAUGGAAACCUGGAAACAAAACUAGAAUCUUCUGAGUAACUGCAUUUUGGUCCUAUAUGUGCAUCCCGUUUUUAAUAAUUUGUAAAUUCUGUUUUUCAACAACUCGUUCCUGUGUUUUGAAAGUCCUAUGUCCAGAGGAAAGGAGGUUUCUUUUCACUGCUUUUGAUGUAUGUUGAACAUGUUUGCUGUGGUAUUUUAGAAGAAAAUGUCAAUUAAACAUGUUAAAUACGAGAACAUGUGAAAAUCUAAGUACUGUUUCAAAACUUAUUGAAGGUGUCACGGAAUAACAGUUGUUACAUGGUUAACAUUCUUUAUUAAAGGGAAUAAGGGGAAAAUUUUAACACAUUAAGACAAAGGUUUUUUUUCUUUAUAGGACUUAUGGCAGCUUUUAGUCCAAAAAUUCAAAGCUAUAAUAUUUUUAUUUUGUGACUAUCAAGAAAAUAUAAUAUGUGGGAAAUAUACAUGUAGAAAGACUAGAGAUACAUGCUAAAAAAGAAAAGCUCUUUUGUUUGCAUACUGUGAGUCCAGCGUGGGUUACUAUAUUCUCGGUAGUUUUCCUAUACUGACUAGUCUCCACAAGUGUUUGAGCCAACUUAUACUUUAAUGUAGCCUUUAUUAAAAAUACUUUGAUAAAUUAGUUGGCAUUCACACGUCAGGAAGACAGUGCACUGCAAAUAUGGUAAAAUUUUUUGGGUCUUUGUGUUAAAAUGAGUAAAUACCCACUUUAAUUAAAUGUUAUUUAUAGGGUA